AUGGGUUGGCUUGACACCCAACGACCCAAAUCGGUCCUAUACGUGAGCUUCGGCAGCGUGGCGGUGAUGACCCGUGACCAAUUCACAGAGUUCUGGCAUGGGCUCGUCGACAGCGGGAAGCCGUUCUUGUGGGCCAUAAGGCCCAACUUGAUCGUUGACGAUAAUGGACCAAAUAUUACCACUCUUGAUGAGCUGAAGGCGGCCACACCAAUGAGGGGCCUGAUAGUGGGCUGGGCCCCGCAAGAGGAUGUUCUGGCCCACGAUGCCGUAGGCGGGUUCCUGACGCACAGCGGGUGGAACUCGACUUUGGAGAGUAUGACAGCCGGCAAGCCUAUGAUCUGUUGGCCCGCGAUUGCGGACCAGCAGGUCAACAGUAGGUGCGUGAGCCAUAUGUGGAAAGUGGGCCUCGAUAUGAAGGAUAUUUGCGAGAGAUCAACGGUGGAGAAAAUGGUGAGGCAUUUGAUGGAGAGCGGGAGGGAAGAGUUGUUGAGAUCGACGGAGGAGAUUGCUCGGUUGGCUCGGGAAAGCGUUCGUGAGGGCGGGUCGUCUCAUCGCAAUCUCGAGAAGUUGAUUGAGGAUAUAAAAGUUGGUACAUUCCUCUAG